AUGAAUUUUUUUUUGACAAUAAAACGACAUUCUAAAAUUCUGAAUUGGAAACAUGACACUUAUUAUGCAAGUUUGAUGAAUAAAUAUGUAUAUUUUGAUGAAUUUAUGAGAUUUUGUAAUGACAACAAAGAACAUUUCAGUAAAAGGGAUAUUAUAGCCUCGUUAACAUAUAUUCACCAUAUGAAAAGAGUUGAUUUAUUGUCUCCAUUUUUUAGCAGUUAUAAUGAUUUUAUAUGCAGUAAUAUAAGCAUUUUCAGAACAAAUAUAAGCACACUUGUACAUAGAUACGCUAUAUUGGGGCAUACGAAAUCUCUUCUAUUUAUUUACGAAAAUGUAUUAAAAAACAACAUUUUAAACUACGAUAACAAGUCUAUUAGUUUAAUAGCUUGGAGUUAUGCAAAAAAUAACUUUUAUUUGUCAGACCUUUUUAUGGAAAUAAAUAAGAUAUUACGUUCUUGUGUAAAAACAAUGACUCUUCAUGAAUUAUCAUUAAUAGCAUGGGCAUACUCUAAGAUAAAUAGAUUACCCCCUUUAGAAAUGGUAUGCCUAAAAAAUAGAGUAUAUGAAAUACUGAAUUCAUUAGAUGAAGAAUUAAAUGUUAUAAAAAAUAACACAACUAAAGAGAAUCAUGUGGUGGAUGAUAAAAUAAAUAUAAGAGAAAAAGACAUUGAAUGGGGAAAGAAGGAAUAUAAAAAAAAUGAAUCUCAAAUGAAAAGUGACCAUUUAUAUUGUGACAAUGUAAAUGACAAUUUUAACGAAAGUAAAGAACUAGAAUCGGAAGAACAUGGCUUAGAAAAUAUAUGUAAAGACACUGAUGAGAAUAAAAUAGAUAUAUAUGGUUGUAAAAAGAACUUAACCCAGGAUAUCUGCAUGAUUAUGAAAUCAUAUGCUAUUAUGAAUAGAACAGACCCUUUUUUCUUUUUCUUUUUAUUCAGUUUUAUCAUAAAAAAUAUAAAAAAUAACAAAAUCAUGAUAACAGCUCAAGGAAUAACCAGUAUCUGGAUAUGCUUAAGAGAAUAUGAUAUAAAAAACAAAAACAUAAUUGAAUAUGCAUUGGAAUUAUCGAGAUUUUUAAGACUUGAUCAUACCGUAAAUAGCUCAAUGAUGCAUGAAAUCGUUAUUAGUAUCCAUAAAUUAAGAAUAAAAGAUCGAAGAAUUUUAUAUCAUUUGUUUUAUCAUUUAAAGAGAAAGUGCGUUAAUAUGCAUGUUCAACAUUUAUAUGAUAUUAUAAUAAUUUUACAAGAAAUGAAAAUUAAUGAUGAUGAUUUAUGGAAACAAUUUGGGGUAGCCAUACAAAAAAAAGCCAUUGAUUUAGAGUUAACACAAAUAAAAAAUUUACAUAAUAUUUUUACGACGAAUGGAAAAGGAAAUAAUAGAAUUUUGGGGGUCCUUGACACCUUUAUUCAAAUAAAGGAGGACAUUAAUGCUUAUGGGCCAAUUUGA